CAGAGCCGUGCAUGUGAUGAUAGGCGUGCGAGGCGGGGGAUCUGUGCGCCCUCUGUGAGCCACCGGAGCACGUCUCCUCCUCCCCGUCCGCUCCGAACCCCAUGUCUCCCUGUCCGAGUCUCCCACCUGCGCCCGGAGGAGAGCGCAUGCACGCGGCGGACGGAGGUGCGCGCGCUCCCGGUCCGGAGGAGAGGAGAGGAGAGCAGAGGGUGGUCAGCCAGGCCAGGGAGCGAAACAGGUCGGCUUUGCCUCAGCAGACUGAACCUGCAGCGGAGGAAGCGACCCUCUCCACACUGAGAUCUUUCCAAAUGAGCAGCGUGUCGGAGGGAGAAGUUUUCAUCUCUUCAAGGAUCACAGUGAGCGCCUGUGUGAUCGUCUGCAGCGCCCUGGGCUAAAGUCUUGGAGGUGCCAGAAAGAUUCCAGCUGCCAUGGCAGAAGCCGCCGCCUGAGCUUCCUAGUGACGCCCUACGACGGGGGAGGAUGGGUGAUGGGCCCGUGAAGCUCAGCGGCCUCUCUCCUCUCUCUCCCAUCCUCUCAUGGAGCGUCCCGCCACGCCGAGCCCCUCCUGGAACUUUUCCGUCUCCCCGUUUGCGGCCUCUCCGCAGCCCAACGCCUCCGAUGUGAACCCGGCCCCGGCGGGCCCCCGGGGCGGGACCGACGCCCACCAGUCUCUGGCGCUCUGCGCGAUGGUCGUCAUGGACAUGCUGGCGGUGGCGGGGAACCUGGCCGUGAUCGUCGUCAUCACCAAAACGCCGCAGCUGCGCAAGUUCGCCUUCGUGUUCCACCUGUGCCUGGUGGACCUGCUGGCGGCGCUGGUCCUCAUGCCUCUGGGGAUGCUGUCGGACCGGAUCCUGGCGGACGAGGCCCUGUGCCGGAGCUACCUCUGCCUGAGCGUGUGCCUCGUGAGCGCGGCCAUCCUCACCAUCUGUGCCAUCAACGUGGAGCGCUACUACUACAUCGUGCACCCCAUGCGUCACGAGGUGAAGAUGACGGUGGGCGUGGUGGUGAUGGUGCUGGCGGGAAUCUGGAUUAAAGCCGUCAUCAUGUCGCUGCUGCCUCUGCUGGGCUGGCUGCUCCAGGGGAACCAGGGUCUCAGGACUCCCUCGGUGCUGGCUCCCACUCAGAGGCACUGCUCGCUGCACUGGACCGGGGGCCGGACCACGCGCCUGCUCUUCAUGGUCUUCUUUACCUUCAUCUACUUCCUGUGCCCCAUGCUGAUCAUCCUGGUGGUGUACUGCAACAUGUUCAAGGUGGCCCGGGUGGCGGCCAUGCAGCACGGGCCGCUGCCCACGUGGAUGGACACGCCGCGGCAGCGGACCGACUCGGUCAGCAGCCGCUCCACCGUGGCGGCCAGCCUCGGAGGGACCGGCGCCCGCACCACGCCUCAGAGGACCUUCAGCGGCGGGAAGGCGGCGGCGGUUCUGGUGGCGGUCGGAGGCCAGUUCUUCUGCUGCUGGCUGCCGUACUUCUCCUUCCAUCUGUACUCGGCGGUGGUGUCCAGCUCGCCGGCCUCGCUGGCGCAGCUGGAGGAUGUGGUCACAUGGAUUGGCUAUUUCUGCUUCACCUCCAACCCUUUCUUCUACGGCUGCCUCAACCGGCAGAUCCGCCAGGAGCUGGGCCGCCACCUGGCCUGCCUCUUCAAGCGGGCCGGGCCCGGCGAGGGGGAGCAGCUGCCCAGCCGAGAGGCCUCCAUCGAAGAGAACUUCUUGCAGUUCCUUCAGGGCACCGGCUGCAAUCUGGAGCCGUGCAACUCUCACAGCAGAGCCAGCCCGGAGGCGCCGGAGAGCCAGGGCCUUCAGGAAUCAGCUGUUCAGCAGAACACGCCAGCUGACUUCCACAUCCCAGGGCAGAUUCUGGAGGAAACCUCAGAGUUCAUUCAGCAGCAGCAGCAGCAGCCGAACAAUGAGCUGCAUGUCUCAGAGAACUGCUGCAAAACUCUACCAGAGCUGUAGCGUCUUCAUGCACUGCCUCUGUUCUGCCGUCUAAUAUUCCAGUAAAUAUACUUAGGUUUAUUUCUUACUUUCUAGUAUCUGUUGAAUGAAUAUACUUUCGGUUCAUGCUGCACCGUGCUUUUCACUCUGCAAAACAUGGCAACUUUAUUUUAUUUUAUUUGGGGGGGAGGUUAGAUAAUGUAGCUUUUCAGCUAAAUACGUGUAUCGUUUGUCGUGUUCCUCAUGUCGUCCGUACCUGCUGCGUUACACGGUUCCAUGUUUCUGCAGCCCUGCAGUUCAGCUGCUGGAUGGAGGCCCUCGCAGUGUGCUCAGUGUUUAAGGACAGCCAGAAAUUAUAGAAACGUAAAGACAGACUAAUAUCACAGUGCUUUGAGAUAAACCGUGUCGGGUCUAUUUAGUUUCGACGUACAUUCAUUUAUUCUUAUUAUUUUCAUUAUUAUGUCAAAGAUAAAACUUCCACCUCCAUUUAUUUAUUCCCAUUUAUCUUUGUCUUCCUUUAAGUUCGUGAUACCAGAUUUGAAAAAGCCAACUCCAACUCCAAGAAACUCUACCACAGAGGUAUUUCCUUAGUGAGAUCAACAAACCAUCUACAAGUUCUCACAACAGAGUUUUUGUCGAAUUGCUUCUCCUCCCGUUAAACACUCUGGGUUAUAUAUAUUCAUUGUGUUGAUGAGGAUCAUCUCACAGCUGCCGCCGCUGCCACUGUUAUUUAUAAUAAACAGGCUGCCGCUGUAUUUUUAACCGUUUCGCAGGAACACAAUUAUCAUGUUUAUCUUAGUCUUGUGAUUAUCACCUCCUCACCGAGAUCGUCUCACAUUGGGAGACUCGUGAUUUCACCUCGUUCCGCUGAAAGAAAAACAUUGUGAGCGGGUUUGUUUAGUCCCACAGCGGCGGAGUGGAGGUUUGAGCUUUCAGAUGAGAGUCGGUGGGACAGACGGAGACGACGUUAACCCCCCCCCCCCACUCCUCUCCUCUGCUGAUGACUGUCCUGUUUACAGGUAAACACACGGGCAGUGCGAGUGCUCCUGUGUUUGUGCAAUAAACAAGCAGGCUUAUUGUGGCUACACGCGGCAUACAGGUGUGACAGUGCUUACACAUGGAAAGCUUUGCCUUUGGCCUCAUUUAGCAACAAGUCGACGACUCUGCUGAUACUUUCUCUGAUCUCAGGUGGAAAACAAACUGUUUGCACAAGUCACAACAAGCAGUGACAAAUGUUCCAAAGAAAAAACACAAGCCACACGUCUCCGACUCCACACUUGCAUCGCUCUUUCUCUUCAUGCGUUUCUCGCUCUUCCUUGUUGCCUUUAUCUAUUUUGGACCACGGGCGUGAUCACAAGACGCUCAACACGGGACAUACAGGGAAGGUUCAUAGUUUGCUCGGAGUCAAAAUAAAAAAAAUAAAAAAAAGGGUCCCUUUGUUGGGAAAAAUUCCGGAUUGAUUUCCUGUAACAUGGAAAUUUUGAUGCAGUGGACUGUUAAUUAGAAUGAGAGUUGUGUUUUAAAGGGUUUUUUUUUUUUUUAACCAACAAAGCCCAAACCUCAUGAGAACAGGAGAACAAACUGCCCUGGUUCAAAGUGCUGCUCAAUACUUCUCAUUAAGCAGUAAGACGUCUCACCAAAGCCACAUAUUACACAACUAUUAGAGCUUAAUGUGGCCUGACAUUAUCAAUCUUCCUUUAUUUAUGACGCCAGCGCCCACGAACAAGGCUUUCCUUUGUCUACUUAAUCUGAGAUCUUCCUCGCUGAUGAGCUCCUCUUCAGUUCGGUGUUUGAAGCAAUGAUGUGAGAUUUCAUACAGUCUGCAUCGACCGGCCGUCGGCUCAGCCGGGUUUCCUCAUUCAGCUACUUUUAUCAACCUGCUGCAGAGGUGAAAAAACACACCAUAUUCUCAGAUUCGGGAGCACUGAAGGACAUUGUCAAGUAGUGUUUUGUUCCCUGUAAAUCAUCGGUUCAUUGUAUUCAUUCAUUUUCCUGUCUAUCUUCCUUUUGUACCUGAGCUGAAAAGACUGUUUCUCUGCUGUUUUGUUUUUCUCCUCAUUGGCUCAAUAUUAAUUAAAUAAGCAACAAGAAGA